CUCUGAGAAGAUGCAUCAUCUUUCUCUUCCUCUGCUGCUCUUCCUCUUAUGCUCCGGAGCCAAAGCUGAGGAGAUCAUCGGGGGCACAGAAUGCAAGCCACACUCCCGCCCUUACAUGGCCUACCUGGACAUUGUCCAUUCCCAAGGUCAAGUUUAUGGUUGUGGUGGUUUCCUGAUCAGGCGAGACUUUGUGCUAACAGCUGCUCACUGUGCAGGAAGGUUCAUGACAGUCACCCUAGGAGCCCACAACACAACAGGGAACGAAGACACGUGGCAGAAGAUUGAGGUUGAAAAACAAUUCCCUCAUCCAAAAUAUGAUGAUAAUUUCAUUGUCCACGAUAUCAUGUUACUAAAGUUGAAGGAGAAAGCCAAACUGACUCUGGCUGUGGGAACACUGCCCCUCCCAUCCCAAUUCAACUUCAUCCCCCCUGGAAGAAUGUGCCGGGCAGUUGGCUGGGGACAAACAAAUGUGAAUGGGCCCGGCUCUGACGUUCUGCAAGAGGUGAAGAUGAGACUCUUACCUCCCUGGGCCUGCAAACACUUCCCAAAGUUUAACCACAAGCGUCAGCUGUGCGUGGGCAAUCCCACAAAGAUAAAGAAUGUUUACAAGGGGGACUCCGGAGGCCCAAUUCUGUGUGCUGGGAUAGCCCAGGGCAUUGCAUCCUAUGUACAUAUUAAUGUGAGCCCCCCUGCUGUUUUCACCCGAAUCUCCUACUACCGGGACUGGAUCAACAAGAUCUUGAGGGAGAAUUAAUCCAAGAGCCCAGACAACCUAACAUGAGAUCUGGAACUAGAGCUGAGCAGGUCCUCUGUGCCACCUACACUGGUCCAGCUCUGGUUCUAGCUGAAGUCUUGCCACCUCCCUGAGCCACUAGAAGGUUCCUACACAUCACAAUCUUUGUGAAA